CUGUCUGCGUCAGUUGAAGUAGCGGUUAGUGUUUGUGUGUACACGUUAGUAGCAGAAACAACACAGAAGUGCGUGUUAUUUCCUCCAGGACAGACAUGACACGGCUGAAGGUAUUUUAUGUCCUCGGGGCGCUGCUGAUAGCACAAAGCGCCGCCAUCAUCAGAGUCCCCCUGCAUAAGACCAGGAGCCUGCGCCGCCUGAUGAGCGACAAUGGGAGGUCUCUGGAGGAGCUGCGGGCUUUGGCGAGGAGCACAGGAGCACCGGACAGCGCCCCCUCCCCCAAACUGCCCGUGGAGAGGCUGACCAACUUCAUGGAUGCUCAGUACUACGGGGUGAUCAGCAUUGGCACCCCCCCGCAGGACUUCACUGUGCUGUUUGACACCGGCUCCUCCAACCUCUGGGUCCCCUCCAUUCACUGCUCUUUCCUUGAUCUAGCCUGCUGGCUUCAUCAUCGCUACAACUCAAAGAAGUCGAGCACAUACGUCCAGAAUGGCACGCAGUUCUCCAUCAGAUACGGCAGAGGCAGCUUGUCGGGCUUCAUCAGCGGGGACACUGUCUCUGUUGCAGGUCUGUCUGUUCCUGGCCAGCAGUUUGGUGAAGCAGUCAAACAGCCUGGCGUAACAUUUGCGGUGGCACGGUUCGAUGGGGUCUUGGGCAUGGCCUACCCCUCCAUCUCAGUGGCUAACGUCGUCCCGGUGUUUGACACGGCCAUGGCCGCCAAGCUGCUGCCCCAGAACAUUUUCUCUUUCUAUAUAAGCAGAGAUCCUAAAGCAGCGAUAGGAGGAGAGCUGACGUUGGGUGGGACAGACCCCCAGUACUACACCGGAGACCUGCACUAUGUCAAUGUCACACGAAAGGCCUACUGGCAGAUCCAGGUGAACGGAGUUGAAGUUGGCAACCAGCUGAGUCUUUGCAAAGCCGGUUGCCAGGCUAUUGUUGACACGGGAACGUCCCUGCUCGUAGGACCGGUGGAGGAAAUCAGAGCGCUGCAGAAAGCCGUCGGAGCUCUGCCCCUGCUCAUGGGAGAGUACUUUAUUGACUGUAAGAGGAUCCCAUCUCUGCCUGUCAUCUCGUUCAACAUUGGAGGGAAGAUGUUUAACCUGACUGGAGAGGAUUAUGUCCUAAAGGAGACUCUGAUGGGUACAUCAAUCUGUCUGUCGGGCUUCAUGGCCAUGGAUAUCCCGCCUCCUGCAGGGCCCCUGUGGAUCCUGGGAGAUGUAUUCAUCGGGAAGUACUACACUGUGUUCGACAGGAACGCUGAUCGUGUGGGGUUUGCCCCUGCCAAAUAGUCUGCUGAGCACUGUUUCUAUGAAAUAUGUCUCACUCCUCAUUUGUAGUGGUAAUUUGAUUUUAAAGAUCACACCGAGCAAAGCUAAAUUUCAUCAUCAGUGUUGAGUUACUUGAUUUGCAAACAUCCAAAGCAUUUGAUUAUUCUGUAUCACUGCAAAGCCUGGCCUGCCACAUUAAGAUCUCACAUGUACUUAGAGUAACGAGGUUGACGUGAAAAGCUGGUUCCCAGUGCGUGAGAAUGGAUGCUACAUUUACAGCCAUUACACACAUGUAGGACAGUGUGGAUGUUUGCUGCCACUGAACAAAGGGACCGCUUCACCGGGUUUCUUGCUCUUGUCUGCGAUGCUGCUUUUUGAGUUUGAGCUUCAUCUUUUGAUAUGACCAGACUGAAUCAGAACUAUGCAUUUUGAUGCAUUUGUGCUUUAAUUUUUGUACUUUAGAUGCUUUGAGGGAACAAAUGAACCUCAAAUGUUUGGAUGUCAUUUUGUUUUAUUGCUAGCAACUGAACCACAUUUCCAGUUUCCAAGGAUAACAUAGAUAAUAGUUGGAGCUGCUUUUGUACACUGAAGGUAUCUCAGGAUGUUUCUUUUAACAUGCCUAUGUGACUUUUAGGACCAAAUGUCACUGAAUAAAACUAUAAAUAAAUGUCUGUAAAAUCAAGUCUCUCAAACUGUUUAUCCU